GAGCCAGAGCCAGUAGAAGACUGUGUGCAAAGCACCCUGGCUGCACUGUACCCCCCCUUUGAGGCAACUGCACCCACCCUGCUGGGCCAGGUGUUCCAGGUGGUAGAACGGACCUACCGGGAAGAUGCACUGCGCUAUGCCCUGGAUUUCUUGGUGCCCGCGAAACACCUUCUCGCCCGGGUGCAGCAGGAGGCCUGUGCCCAGUACAGCGGCUUCCUCUUUCUUCACGAGGGCUGGCCGCUCUGUCUGCAUGAGCAGGUCGUGGUGCAGCUGGCCGCCCUGCCAUGGCAGCUGCUUCGCCCUGGAGACUUCUACCUACAAGUAGUACCCUCGGUGGCCCGAGCCCCGCGGCUGGCACUCAAGUGCCUGGCCCCCGGGGGAGGACGGGUACAGGAGCUUCCAGUAUCCUCAGAAGCCUGUGCCUACCUUUUCACUCCCGAGUGGCUGCAGGGCAUCAACAAAGACCGGCCAGCGGGCCGCCUCACCACGUGCCUUCUGGCAUCACCCACAGGGGUCCAGCGGCUGCCCUGGGCUGAGCUCAUCUGCCCGCGCUUUGUGCAUAAAGGCAGUGUCAUGGUGGGACAGCGUCCGGUCUCUCUGCCCCCAGAGCUUCCCACGGGACCCCCUGGGCUCUCUAGCCCGCCACUGCCCGAGGAGGCCCUGGGCACCAGAAGCCCUGGGGAUGGGCACAAUGCCCCAGCAGAAGCCCCCGAGGGCGAGUACGUGGAGCUGUUAGAGGUGACCCUGCCAGCCCGAGGGUGUCCGGAGGACACGACGAGCUCCCCUGGCCUCUCCAGGACUCAGACCGUGCCUGCCAGGAAAGGUGCAGGAGGAAAGGGACGACACAGACGACACCGGGCAUGGCUGCACCAGAAGGGGACGGUGCCCCGGGGCCAAGAUGGGACUCGGCCCCCCGGAGAAGGGAGCAGCACUGGAGUCAACACUGGCUCUCCCCCACGAGUGGAAUCACCUCAAGAAGAGGGAACAUUUAAUGCUCCUGAGCUCCCAGCGGAGGCCCCAGAAGGGGAGAUCGGUCCUUUCCCUCUGAGACCAAAUGAAGGAGGGGACGGGCCAGGCCAGGGGGAGGAGGGACUGGCUGGGACACCCCGAAAAUCAGGCAAAGGAAACAGAAGGAAGAAGCGUGGGGGAGGCAGAGGAACUCCUGGGCAGGGAGCAGAAAGUGUACCAUCAAGUCCCCGGAGCAGAGAAGAGACCAGUCAUCCUGAGGCUCUCACUAGCCUGACCCCCCAACAUGAGAAUGAGCUCUCAGGCUUCCACCUGCUACAAGAAGAAGAGCCCAAAUGUACAGGAAAGACUGAGCCAGAGCAAGUAAAGGAAGAAGAGCCUAUUCCCUCUUCUGCCUGUGAGUCCACAGAGGAGGGAUCAGGAGAAGCAGAGCCCAGAGGGCAGAGUCCGGCUGCUGCAGAAGUAUCCACAGACCCAGUGGAACUCCUCUCUGGACCCCCAGUGCCACCAUCUAAGGCUGGGAAGGAGGACAAGGAAGGUGGUAGCCCUGAAGGGUGCACUCCAGCUUUGGCUGAUGAUGACUCCAAUGUGACCUGGGACUUGAUGGCUUCUGGGUUUUUCCUGCUGACUGGUGAGUGUUUGAGAUGAAUAAUGAGAGGAUAACAGA